CGCGAUUUUGAUUUGGACCGUCUAUCAGUUCGAACUGUUAUAACCUCGUGAACGCGAGGGAAUUCGAUGAGUCCAAAGGAAAUUUGAAUUUACAUAUUUGUAAUUCUAACAAUUUCAAGUUCGUUAGCCUGGCAAUUUGCUGCGAUCUGGCGCGCCUGAAGUUGAAGCUCCGUCUAUGUCGAUACGGAGAGAAGCAGCAAAAUAUACACUGGGGAACGAUGUAUCGAUCAAACAGUCAAUUAUAGCUCGGUCCUUUCCUCCCCUUCGCCGAUGUGAUGUGGUGCGCUUUCGAUUCCGCUCCGGGAUUAUUUAGCGCAGUCCGAUUGAUUUGAGAUGGAAGAAGGCUUGACGAGAAAAUAGAGGAGGGGUCUCGCGCGUUUCGGUGUGCACACGCCAGAGUAAAAUUGUCAGCAGCGGGAUUGUUUCUCGAGCGAAUUCGAAGAUGUUCAAGAACACCUUCCAGAGCGGCUUCCUGUCCAUUCUGUACAGCAUCGGCAGCAAGCCGCUGCAGAUCUGGGACAAGAAGGUGAGGAACGGACAUAUCAAGAGAAUCACCGACAAUGACAUCCAGAGUCUUGUUCUGGAGAUACUGGGCAGCAACGUCAGCACAACGUAUAUCACGUGUCCGGCGGAUCCGAGGAAAACCUUGGGGAUAAAGUUGCCCUUCCUGGUUAUGAUUAUCAAGAAUCUGAAGAAGUACUUCACAUUCGAGGUUCAGAUAAUCGACGACAAGAAUGUACGCCGUAGAUUUCGUGCUAGCAAUUACCAAUCCACGACGAGAGUGAAACCGUUCAUAUGUACCAUGCCGAUGAGGCUGGACGACGGAUGGAAUCAGAUACAGUUCAACUUGGCCGACUUCACGCGCCGUGCCUACGGGACGAAUUACGUGGAAACACUAAGGGUCCAGAUACACGCUAAUUGCAGAAUACGGCGAGUGUACUUCUCAGAUCGAUUAUACUCGGAGGACGAAUUGCCCGCGGAAUUUAAAUUGUUCUUGCCCAUUCAGAACAAGGCAAAGUGUUGAGGAUUAGUGAAGGAAUACGCGCGCCUCUAGUGAAAGAAAGGAGAGUCGUUCGGUGAGAUGUUUCUUUAAAAAUUUGUUCGAAUUACUUUCGAAAUAAAAGAUAAUUUAUUGACGAUUGCUUUAACUUUAUACGUCGCUCAAAAAAACAAAAAACUGCAAGUAGUACAAUUAAUAAUCUUUAAGAGAAAUUUUUUACUUAAUACGAUGUAGAUUAUGUGUCAUGCAUUUAUGUAUUAAGAAUUGUGUAUUUUUGCUUAUCACUAGAUAUAUGGAUCGCUAGAUAUAAAAAGUACGUAUA